ACCAAAAAAAACUUCUGGAGUAUCGUGUUCGUAUCCAACCGAAUAAUAAGCCAACGCAACGAAGCCAAAGCCCAAAGUAGAGCCAAUAGGGUCGUGAAUGCCGAAAUGCUCUAAAACCCUAAACCCUCCCGCCGUAUAGUGCUCAUCGAUCCAUUAAAACCCUUUUCAAUUCAAUCAAAUUUCAGAGACCUAUUUAGCUUCUUCAUCAUCACCAUCCACCUUCUGAUCCAUAAUGGCCUCAGCUUGCAGAAGAUUGACCAGCAGAGCCUCGUUCUCCUCCAUUAAAUCUGCCUUCAGAUCCAACGUCCGUACAUCUGCCCUCAAGCCUCCCUCUUCCACUUCUUCCUCUUCCUUCGCUCUCCCAACCAAAUCUAAUUCUAUCCCUGUUCGCCGCUUCUCACUGACUAGGUCUCCAGCUGAAUUGGGAUGCAUGCAGUCGCUUUUGCCACUCCACAGUGCGGUUGCGGCGUCGAGAAUGACGUCGUGCCUGAGCACAACCUCAAGGAGUUGCCGAGCUCUUUUACAGGGUACACUCUGCUGCACCUCUCCCGGCCUCUAAUAUGAAAAUUUUUCUUUCUUUUUAACUGCACAUAAUAUUUAAAGAAAUAAACUGGGAAUUUACUGGACCUGCUAGUUAUGGCUCACUGCAUCAUUAUCAAAUGGCAUUGAUGGUACGUGAGAUAUCUGUGCUAUAUUUGGAGAGCUUGGUUUGUCAGUUCCAAGGUGACUUGGAAGCCUGCUGUCUCUGUGCUAGAAGUUCAUGAAGAAUGAAGAAGCAAGAUUUUGUAGUUUUUGCCAACUGAAACUCCUGUGUUUUUCAUGGAAUCAAAGUGACCCUAUUCUUAUUCUUAAGAAAUGAUACAGUGCUUACAAAUAAGAAUCAAUUUGCUGUUCAAAACUUUCUUCUUCUGUACACAUUUAAAUUGGCAAACAAUUUUAUCUUCCUACAGCAUUCGUCCUUCCCAGCUAAAGCCUGGUGUAUCCUCUUUAAUGCCUGGCUUUCAGAAUUUUAUAUUCAAGCCUAUGUCUGUUUCACAUUAGUCGUUCCUGCUGCUAAUUUUUGCUUGUGAAGUUUUGUAUCUUAA